AUGAAAAAUGGCAUGGGGAACAAACUCUCAGAGAACUGCUCUUCUACAGAGUGCGCUACACAGACAGUAGAAGCAUACCUCACCAAGACUACCGGCGGCCAAAACCUGAGACAACAAAGGGACAGGCGACCAGAUCAGCUGACUAGCGCUAGUGAAACCGAGCCAUUUGGUACAGUCAAACAAAGUACUGCGACGGACCGAUCUCCUUUUCCUCCCAAGUGUAAGUGCUCACCGCCUGUACAUCACCCCGAAGGUGGAUUUCCGUGCGCCGCAUGGUGGCUUCCUUUGAUAGAGACCAGCAGCCGUCCCGAGGGCGUAGAAGCGUUUCGAAGUGCCCCAAUAGCCCCAAACAUACGGUCCGGCGAGGAUUUCUGCGGGGAGACAGCCGAAAUUUUAACGUGGCUUACCGCAUCACAUUGUACUCCGCCAACCAGGUUCUCAGUUCGGUUUAUGUAUUGUGCCUACAAUAAACAAACUACCAUGAAGUUGGCCACUAGGAGCAGGCUGUUAUUACCAGUUGAUUCCUGGCGGGAAUCCCCGGGUUUUCUCAUUGGGGUGCACGUCUUGCUAACAGAAGAGACAUUGAACACCUGCUGGGACGUGCUGAAGUAUGGACCAUCGCCCUGUAAGGUGCGGCAGUUUUUAGCCGUUGAAUCCGGCAAGGUCCUUACCACUCACUACAUGUAUAAUUAUUGCCGGAAGAUCUUGCCAUCUAUCAUAAUAUACUUUCGGUCCCAGCAGAGGGUCGCAAGCGUACACGUGUGUGUGUGUUUGAUUUUUGGGAGGGUCAUUUUGGCCACGUAUGCUUCACCAGGUAGCGACAGACAGCGUGGUUUUGACGCCUCCCGAUUUGAUAAAUGUUGA